CUCACUCUCUCUCUCACUCUUCAUCAACACCCCACACUCAAAACCCAAUCAUGGACUUCCUCAAGAACGCCGCGGGUUCCCUUGGCCAGCAGGGCCAGCAGCAGCCCCAGGAGGGCCAGCAGCAGCAGCAGCAGCAGCAGGGCGGCGGCGGCCUCGGCGGUCUCGUCUCCGGCCUCACCUCGGGCGGCAACAUCGGCGACAAGCUCAACUCGAUGGGCGGCGGCGGUGCCCAGGGCGAGGCUAACGAGGACUACCUCGACAAGGGCGUCGACAUGGUCCAGCAGCACGUUCUCGGCCAGGGUCCUCAGGACAACGAGUCCGCUGCCGAGCAGGCCAAGGACGAGAUCAUGUCGGACAUGAUCCGCGACCGCUACAAGGGCAUGACCGGCUCCGACUUCCCCAUCGCCGACAAGGAGCAGAAGUUCGGCCAGAUGUAGGCAGCUCGUGGACAAAAAUCGAGACCAUAGCUUGCACGAGAUUAAGUCUGAAGAAGCACCGAGUGAAGAGACGAUUGACAUGACGUUUGUGUUUUGACUUGC